AUGUCGUCGCUUCCGGAGCAAGGAAGAUGCGCCCAUUCGACGACGUGUUCACAUGCUGUUUCUAUCAGCCGCCGAAGAACCUCGUGGCCAACACGGCCGAAGUGUCAUUUCAGGGGCGUCGUUGUGCCUUCGUCACUGCGAAGGCAACAGGAAGCAUCAGGCCCCUGGCUUCUACUCCGGGGCAUCAUCAGUGAGGAGGAGCGCCUCAAUCUUCUUGAAUCUGCUGAGAGACAGAAGAGGCAGGGUCUCCUGCUGCCAAAUCCAGCAGGACCGCAUCGCUUUUUUCGGCGACUGGAUGCGACUGGUGGAGUGGACUCUUUCUUGGAGGAACUGACGGAACGCCUGGAAGAUGCUGUGGCAGGACUACAUGGAAGGCAGUUAGAUCCAACGCUUGGACGAGUGUGCUCCUACAUCGAAACUGGAGGUUUCAUCCACGAGCACCGUGAUCGGUACCAUGCCCAAACAGACGGCUUAGCGCAUCUGCGCGCAAACAUUGUCGUGCAGAUGGAGCCGUCUGGACGUCCUAUCAUUGCUGGGAAGUCAGUUCCUGUCAGCGAAAGGGAUGCAUGGAUCUUCUUCGCUUCCCGAGAACUACACUCCACGGAAGUUAUUUGCGGUCCUCAUCCCAGAAUCGUGUACGGAUUCGGCUGGAGCGUGCCGGCGAGCUUCACACCACGGACACGAGACCGGUGUGAGUUUGAGAGAAAAAAGAAGACUCGGACUCGGACUGCAGCGCGGCAGAGUUCAACUCCCAGGCUCUAUGCGGUCGAGGACGUCGCAAUGAUGCCGACAGGGCUGAAAGGCAAGUUGGCCUCCCUCGAGGAUUUCAUAUCUAUGCAGAACGAGGAGCUGGCUGCACAAAGGCAGGAGAUCGAGAGCCUUCGAAAUGACAAGACGGGCAUAGAAGACCACUACCAGGCUCAGCUGCAGGAGCUGAAGAAGACCAUGGUUGGCGAUGUUCAGCGGUUGCAAGAUGAGGUCAAGCGACACUUCGCUCAACAGAAGGCAGAGAAUGCUCGCCUACAGCAGCAAAUCACGACGCUGAAGGGUGAGAAGACUUCACUUCAGCAGCAGAUUCUGGGUUUGCAGCGGCGCAUACAAGAAAUCGAGGAGCAGGUUCUUGGUGUCCAUAGGGCCCGUGUCUCGAGAUCCUGGCUCACCAAAGGCGCUUUCAAAAAUACAGUAGCACACUGUUACUGUUGCAUCCCGGACCUGCGUGUGCAGGUGCAGACCAGGAUCCUCCUUUUGGCAGAGUGGUAUUGCUGGAAUCAGGAAAAGGCCUCGCCAUUUUGGGGAGAUAUCGCUGUCAUGAGAGCCUUGCAUUUAUGCAUGGGAUUUUGCGCUUUUGCCGUGGGAAUAAACUGGUUGUAG